AUGAAGAGAAGAGACUUUGUUAAAUCUCCAGUGGUAAAUCGUUCAAGUGAUCAACAGGAAGCUAAAUCCAUAACAGAGCUAAGAUUAUCCAUAUCUAAAAGAAAGGAGUACCAUUUGCCAGAUAUUUCACUCACUCAGUUAAGUAAAUUUAUAUUAAAGAAAAAAUUAAAGAAACCUUUAGAAUCUCAAAAUGUCAAUAUUUCUAAAGUUAUUAAUUCGUUUGCUCUAAAGAAGAAGAAUCUUCGUCGAAGUCAAAUCACAUCAAAAUCGUCAAGUCUGACAAGCAUUGUUAAGCGAAUUAAUAAGCACAAUAGAUAUCAUGAACCAAAAAUUGUAAAAUGGGCUCCUUUAAAUGAUAUUCUAACUAACUCUAAAAUUAAGGAUACCAAUACAGAAUUAAAAUACUCCUUUACAUCAUACAACGAUUACAUCAAGAAACCUCCUAUUGAUGAAACCUCGAAGUUGUAUCAAGGCAGUAUACUUUCCACACUACAUGAAUCUCUAUGGCAAUUUAACUCUAAACUGAAACUGUUGGAAGUUCAUGACAAAUGUAAGUACGAUACAUUAGUAGGAAUCCAAAUAAUAAAGCCAUUAUCAUCAAAUGAGAUUAUGAUUAUUACAUCACAUGGAAAUUUUUCUUUUAUUCUGCAUAAUUCACGGAACGAUCAACAUAUUCCUAAGCUAGAAAUAAUUCAACAAUAUAAAUUGGCUAUAUAUUCAAAAACUACGAUUAAAUUGAACGAUAAUCUCAUAUGGUGUCUACAAUGGAAAUUCAUUCAAUUAAACACUUAA